AUGAGUUUGGUGAUUGGAAAUCUCCAGCAAGUCAUCCCCAUCAGGAGAACACCACUUCGCAAAAAUAUGGAGAUUGUGAGGACUAUUUUAGGAGUACAGAAAUUUGACAUGGGGAUCAUCUGCGUUGACAACAAGAGUAUUCAGCACAUUAAUAGGCUCUACAGAAAGAAAAACAUUCUAACCGAUGUGCUUUCUUUUCCAUUUCAUGAGGUGACAGCCACCCAUGGACUCUGUCACCUUCUAGGCUUCACACAUAGCUCGGAGGCUGAGUGGCAGAAGAUGUAUGGACAAGAGAAACUGGUCCUGGAGGAGCUGAGCCGCCACACUGGAACCAGGCUCCAACCCCUGAGCAGAGGCCUCUACUGACUCCACAGAGGCUCCAAGAUACAGAGAGGGGUUUAUGUACCAAAGAUAAGGCCCAGAGUGUAUCUCUGCUAUUCAU